UUCCAACACACACCAAAUAAAAAUGAAAAAACAUCAGAUUUGAUUUCAAUAUGGUAUGGUAUUUCAGUAUGGUAUUCCAAUGAUAGGGGUGCUAUUCCUCCCACUGACACCAAUGAUGGGGCACUAUUCCUCCCACUGACACCAAUGAUGGGGCACUAUUCAUCCACUGACACCAAUGAUGGGGCACUAUUCCUCCCACUGAUACCAAUGAUGGGACACUAUUGCUCCCACUGACACCAAUGAUGUCCCAUCAUUAGUGUCAUAGAAGGAAUAGUGCCCCAUCAUUGGUAUUAGUGGGAGGAAUAGUGCCCCAUCAUUGGUGUCAGUGGGAGGAAUAGUG